UUGUAGUACGAUUCAGUCCACGAAGUACCCUCAACCUAUCGAUAUCGUGUCCCCCUGUCAGUCGCGUCUCCGGUGUUUGGUCUCUUUCUCUCGCUCUUCCGUUCCUAUGACCGCAGCAACCCAACCGUACCCGGUUCAGCACAAGAAAAUUGUAUCCUCGGUCGGUACUGAUCAUUUCCACGUCGGGCGGAUCACGAUGUCCUGCCUUAUCCGUCUGUAGCUAUGCAGAUCGCUGCAGGUUCCCGCGAGUUGACCACUUGGAUACGGUGGAUCCCAGCGAGGGAAGCGGCGUUCUUCGGUAAAAAGUUCAGGAAUAAAGUGCAACAGAGGGAUGCCGGCCCAGCUUAAGAUCGCAGAAGUCGAAGAUUUGGAGCUAACGAAGUGCUGCAAAAGUGUAACUAAAGUCAUGAGAAACAAGUGCUACUUAUUAUGAUACGAAUGUGUAAAUUCGAUUGCAUCAAAGCGGUUAACGCGUCACUGGAGGCUCUUUACAAAUAAGAAAUGUUUAAUAAGCUGCUUUAUACGUUGUAGCAUUUUUGUUGUUUUGUCUGUGAAGUUUGUUUUAUUUGCUCAAAUUUCUAUCUUAUACAUACUGGAUCGUCAUAGGAUCAACGACUGCAACCAUAACGACGGUAACGAACCUCAGGAAGGGGGAGCUAUGUAUAUAUCAUGCGAGAGUGCCGGUAGUACAACUUCCAUGGAGCCGGAAACGGGAUACGUUCCGAACAAUCCCCUGUUCGGAGUGCCCCUCGACAGUCCGCAGGAAUGUCCAUCUUCUUGCGGUGGAAGCGGCUGUUCUAGCUGCCAGGAGAACACAUCUCUACCAUUGUCAGGGCUACCCGGAUCGGAUUUCGUCGAUUGCGGAAACUGUCUCGACCACAACGGUGCGCUCAGUUCACAAACGAACCUAGGUAAUUACUGGAGCGAAGACAUGAGCUCAUUCCCGGGACUGCCACCGUUGGACAUCGAUCCGCUGCCCAGCCUGUUUCCCUUUUCGCCGUGCGGUGCUAGUUACAAUAGACCGGAACGGCCAACGCACGACGUCGCGGAUGUGCUGCUGUCCCUUAAGCAUGCUGUCCUGAAGCAAAGUCCUGAUCCGCAGCAGAUGCAGACAGCGUCUCCAGGAUUUGUCCCUCCGCAGGCGUCACUUUCGUACACUGUUCACCCGCAGGUGCUUCUCUCGCCCGUAGGCCAUCAUAAUCACAAUUCGCACUACAGUCAAGCUCAAUCUCAGAGUGGAUCGUACCCCUCGAGCUACUACGAAUCGUCCUGUGCACAACAUCCGGCGCCAAUCUAUCCGAGCAUGAGUGUGAACGUUAGCAUGAACAUGACGAUGCACGGUUACGGCGCGGACGGAACGAUGCCCAUGCAGUGUCCCCAGGUUCAGUGGGGCCAUCAAACGCCAUCGUCCUCGGUUAAUGUACUUUAUCCGCCGCUGCUCAGCCCAGUGCCAUACCCGGCCGGUGCUACUUACUCGUUCACGGCGGACUUCAGGCCACAAAGUCAAACGCAGAAUCUGUCCCCUAUACUGGAAGCAUCCAAAAGCUCUAGCCUACAGUCGCAUCAUCAGAAGCCAUACUACCAGCAAGGUGCCGACUACUCCCCACCAAAGAGCCCACAAGAAUUCGAACAAACUGAUUUUCAUCUGAAAAUGAAGACAGAGAAGUCUUUGGGCAUAAGCUUUGAAGACGAAGAUGGAAGCGGAAGUGACGGCCAGAACGGUGACAACAAACCUAACCUAUGUCGGCUGUGUGGGAAAACAUAUGCUCGACCAAGUACGCUUAAAACGCACCUCCGAACGCACUCCGGAGAACGACCCUACCGAUGUUCGGACUGUAGUAAGAGUUUCAGCCAGGCGGCCAAUCUUGCCGCCCACAUCCGAACCCACACCGGACAGAAACCGUUCCGAUGUCCCAUAUGCGAUAGGCGAUUUUCACAGAGUUCCAGUGUGACGACGCACAUGCGCACCCAUUCAGGCGAACGUCCGUAUCGAUGUAGGGCUUGCAAAAAAGCAUUCAGCGAUAGCUCAACUCUCACAAAGCACUUGAGGAUACACAGUGGCGAAAAGCCCUACCAGUGUAAACUGUGUUUGCUGAGAUUCUCCCAAUCCGGCAAUCUUAACCGACACAUGCGCGUUCAUGGAACCAAUGGUCAAGCACUGGUAACAUGACAGCAGCAAAAACAAACGCAGCAACCGCUUCACCCACCCGGGAUCUUUGCCCAUCCGUACGCUCAACCGCAGAACACUCUUCACCACUACAGUCGCACAUCGUCUACGUUGACUACCGCUGGGGAAUCCUCCGCUGCGGCAUCGGCAGGCCAGUCAACGGCCACAAACUACUCAAGCAGCGCUGGUUUGUUCCCACCGAGUGCGACAGCAGCCAGUGUUAGCAAUAGCCCCUAUAAUGGUUUCAAUUUCAAACCAUUCCCACCGCCACCAUCCCACCAUAUGUCCUACUUUGAAGAGUAUCACCAUUAUCAACAGCAGCGCAACAAGUACGAUGAUAUGAACCUGUUUAGGAACAAUUUUGUAAAUAUAUUUUAAGCUCUACCGAUUUCUUCUCACCAUGUGAGCAUCCAUCACUCCAUUUGCAGUCCCUUAUACAUAUUCUAGCAGCUCUGAUUGUCAAAUAUUUGUCCGCCAACACUAACCGAUAAUUCUAGUCAGCUAUUGCCAACCAUAACCGUAUAAAAUGCAGACACUCACACAGCAACACAUUACAAAAGGCUAACUAAAAUCGAUGAAGCAAAAAUUUGUAGCGUAAGCACGCAGCUAAUUGUUGUCUGUAUGUUUCACUUAAUGCAAGUAAAUGGCAAAAAAAUGAUGGAACAAUGUGUGUGGUUCAUACCAUCUUUAUCGGAAAUAAAACUGAUAUUUAACAACAA